ACAAAAGCUUGUAAAAAAGAAAACCCCCCAAAUAAUGGAGAAGUGUGGAGACUGGAGAGUCAUUGGAUAAUGCAGAUGAAAGGAGAGAGAGAAAGAGGGAGGGAAGAGGCAUGGAGAAUCCCAAUGCUCAGAAGAAAGAGAAAACAGAGGCAGCACUGUCUACUGUUCACUUUCUCGCUUCUCUCUCUUUCUCUGAUCUAUUAAACUAAAUUACUUGCCUUUCCUCUUUCUUUCCCUCUCUCUAUAUCCCCCCAUCUUUCCUUUCCUACCCUGUUUCCCCCAAUCACUCCCCCCCCCCCCUUUCCAUCUCUUACCAAAAACACCCACAAAAGAAAAAGCUUUAAAAUAUAAAGUAUUUCAUUUACAUUUAAACCAUGUUCCCAUGAUCUAAGAAACUCAAAUCUCAAUCUCAUCGAUCAGGAAAACCUAACCCCAAAAACAAAAGAAAGGAAGGGAAGAUCGUCUUUAGAUCAUAGAGGCCGCGCGUGUACUGCCAACUCGUCUUAUUUCUCUUCCUUUUGUUGUCUCUCAUGCGUCCUAACUGGGCAGAGCAAAUGUCUGAGGACGACGAAAAGCAGCAAUCUCCUCCAUCAGAUCUUGAGUUCACUUCCAACAAGGCACGGAACUGUAACGCCACCGGGUCUGGGUCGGGUCACCCGGAGUUCCAGCCGCCGUACCCGGACCAGGUUCUGGAGAACGUGUUGGAAAACGUGCUCCACUUCGUGACGUCGAGGCGGGAUCGAAACGCCGCCUCAUUGGUGUGCAAGUCGUGGUACCGGGUCGAGGCACUGACGCGAUCCGAGCUGUUCAUAGGGAACUGCUACGCGGUUUCGCCGCGUCGGGCGACGGCCAGGUUCAUCAGGGUGAGGGCUCUUCACCUGAAGGGGAAGCCCAGGUUCGCGGAUUUUAACCUGAUGCCGCACGAUUGGGGGGCCCACUUCGGUCCUUGGGUGCUGGCGAUGGCCAGGGCUUACCCUUGGCUGGAAAAAGUUUACCUGAAGCGCAUGACCGUGACGGAUGAUGAUUUGGUGACGCUGGCCGAGUCGUUUUCAGGGUUUAAGGAGCUCGUUCUCGUUUGCUGUGAUGGGUUUGGAACUAGUGGCCUUGCUGUUUUUGUUAGCAAGUGCAGACAGCUGAGGGUGAUUGAUCUGAUCGAAUCUGAGGUUACAGAUGAUGAGACAGAUUGGAUAUCCUAUUUUCCUGAGGGUGAAUCUCAUCUUGAGUCAUUGAUAUUUGAUUGUGUAGAAUGCCCGAUAAAUUUCGAGGCAUUGGAAAGGCUGGUUGCUAGGUCUCCUUCACUUAAGAAACUUAGGCUAAACCGAUAUGUUUCAAUUGGGCAGCUAUAUCACCUGAUGAUUCGAGCUCCGCAGGUCACACACCUUGGGACAGGAUCAUUUAGCCCGCUGGAGGUUGCAGGGCAAGGUGAUCAAGAACCUGAUUAUCGAACUGCUUUUGCUGCCUGCAGAUCCUUAGUUUGUCUCUCUGGAUUUAGGGAAAUAAUUCCAAAUUAUCUGCCCGCAAUUUACCCUGUUUGUGCAAAUCUAACAUCUCUGAAUUUCAGCUAUGCCAACAUCAAUACAGAACAGCUUAAGCCAAUUAUAAGGAACUGCCACAAGCUCCAGGUUUUCUGGGUCCUUGAUUCAAUAUGUGAUGAAGGACUUCAAGCAGUGGCUGCAACAUGCAAGGAAUUACGUGAGCUUCGGGUUUUCCCUAUCGAUGCUAAUGAGGAUAGUGAUAGCCCCGUUUCUGAAGUGGGCCUCCAAGCUAUUUCUGAGGGUUGUCGGAAAUUGCAAUCCAUUCUGUAUUUCUGCCAGAGGAUGACUAAUGCUGCUGUCAUAGCAAUGUCCAAGAACUGUCCAGAUCUUGUUGUUUUCCGGCUAUGCAUAAUGAAGCGUCACAGGCCUGAUGCUGUGACUGGAGCUCCUAUGGAUGAUGGUUUUGGAGCCAUUGUUAUGAAUUGUAAGAAGCUUACGCGCCUUGCUGUAUCUGGUUUACUGACAGAUAAAGCUUUUGAUUAUAUUGGAAAAUAUGGGAAAUUAAUACGCACAUUGUCAGUUGCUUUUGCCGGAGAUAGUGACAUGGGGCUGAAAUAUGUGCUCAAGGGCUGCCCACAAUUGCAAAAGCUUGAGAUUAGGGAUAGCCCAUUUGGGGAUGCAGCUCUGCUUUCUGGUUUGCAUCACUACUACAACAUGAGGUUCCUUUGGAUGUCCUCCUGUAAACUAACUCGCCGAGGUUGCCAGGAGAUUGCUCAUGCUACGCGUCGCCUAGUGGUUGAAGUGAUUAGGUCUGCUGAUGAGGAGGAGAUGGGUGACUCUGUUGGAACAUUAUACAUGUAUCGGUCUCUUGAAGGGCCAAGGAUUGAUGCACCUAAAUCUGUCACCAUCUUGUAAGCAAAUGUGGUGCAGGAAGCUGUUCAUUUGUUCUCAUGUUGGAUACCAAACAAGUUUAAACUGUUUCACAGGGAACUUUGAUUUGUCGGGCAUCUUUUAAAUAACCCGUAUUCCCAGCAGUCCCAAUCAAGGAAAGUUGAGUAAAUUCUUUCUGCUUCAAGCUUGGGCUGUUACAUUGGCAUUGAAAGCAGACCCGCAGUGAAGGACAACAGUUCAUCUUUGCUUUGGUUCUUUUGAAGGACUUUGGAUAAGGGGGAUUGGAGCAGAAAAAGGAUGUCUUUGUAAGUUAUCAAACCGUUGGAUGUUGUUCUAGCUGUACUCAUUUAAAUUUUAUUUUCUUUUUGUUUUCAUAUUCAUUUUAUCAUAAUAGAAAGUUAGCCGGAAGAGAAGGGAGGAGGGACAAUUGAACUAUUUGAAGGGGCAAUGAUAUAUGUGUUUUGAGGACAAGUUGCCUUAUCCUGAAGAUAUGAGAAGGUUGUUGAAGAAUUGGAGAUUUAGAGACGAUCAACAUGGGUGGAUUUGGAUCUAUUUUUCCUUGCUUGCAGCAAAGAAAGCAUAAGGCAGAAGCAUGUAUCCACUCUCUAAAAGAUAGUCUUCUCAUUUGGAUCAAAGUUGUAGUUUAAGUAAUAGCUUUGUGAGAGCCAAAAUCCCAGACCUGCACAUCUCUCUCUUUUUCUCCAUGUUUGUUAUUUUCAGAUGUGUUGUGGUAGCACCUGACUGUUGAAUUUAUUAUUGUUAUUGUUAGCAAUGUGAGAAGGGUAAUAAAAGGCCAUAUGCAUGGACCAUAAACUUUAGCAAGACUCAGUUUUCCUUUUUCAUUUUCUUCCCCUUUCUCCCCCUAGAACGUGGAAUGAUCAAUUGACCGGAAAUCCCAUUAAUAUGUGUGGAAAGUGUUGAACUAGUACACGUUGCAGGGCCCUCUCCACAAUGUGGGGUUACAUCUUACAUCCACGAGAAUCCCAAGACUGAAAAUGGAUGGUCCUGAUCAUUUUUCAUGUCCUUGCUUUGGUGUUUCGAGUUGUUGCAUCUCGAGUUCAUGAAAAAUUUAAUGGAGUUAGAGGCGUUUGAUGUUUGAGCUUAUGCUUUAGUUGAAUUAGCUCCUGGGGACUCUGGAGUCUGCGCUCUGACUAGCAAUAUAGAUUUUCCUAUAUUGAGGGGUGGGACCAAUUAUUUGAUGAUUCGUCACACCCCUGCGUUUGCGUUGUAAAGCAGCCAAGUCCACAAGUGCCCUCUCUCUCUCUCAUAAUUAGGAUGAAAAAUCUAUCUGCCUUUCUUUGUUGGUAUUCGCCAUGGCAGGAUGGUAAAAGCGAACUUAUCAUCAAAGUGGGAUCUGACUGUGUUAUUGAGCAAGUGAUGGGAGGGAAAGCUUUGGCUUUCUUUCUUGUCUAUCCAUUUGCAGGCGUAGCGAGUGGACCAAACACCAGUUUC